GCUUUUGACAUAUCUAAGCAAGUCAAUUUUUCAACUUGCCGUUGCCCUAGAAUUACUCCUCCACUAUUUUUAUUACCAUGUGCAACCGAUAUUAUCGUCAAUACCGCUGCGGCCACCGGGCUUACGCACAGCCAGAGUACUGCCCGGAUGCAACAUUCAACCGGGCAAGUGGAAGAUGGACCAUGUGCGGGAAUAGGAGGUCUACUACAGCUGUGGCUGAUGAAAACCUUUGCAGCAAGCCAGAAUGUUAUCUAGAAGACCUAAAGCUAUAUGGGUGGACUUGCUGUCGCUGCGACGAAACAGGGAACCGCAUGGAUGGAUGCCUGGGUCCCCCUGGCGGGCCGAUGAGCGCUUGUCAACAUUGGGUGUGUCGUGGCUGCCGUUAUACUCGUUAAUAGUUGAAGGCAAAGCAAGCUCGAGAGCUUGGAUCGUAGGUCGAUUAGAACAGCAUAUCAGUAGGUGGGUCCUGAUGGGGCCGUGUGG